CGUUCCUGCGCUGCUCGGAUAAAACGUGCUUCGCGCGCGCCGUGGUGCAGACGGCUUUUUGGCUCUUGAUAUCUCAGACACGCUUCAUUUAUGUUGCAGAAUAUUUUGAUCAUGAAGCUUCUGUUUCUCUUUGUCGUGACUUUGUCCCUCUGCGCAGAAAGCAAAUCCUUGCCACAAGGACAAGAUGGCAAGAAGGAAGACCUGUUCAUGCGGUGUUUGUUUGAGGUUCUUACUAAAGCAGUAUCCAAACCAGAUGGUACAUCUCUCGAACCAGAAUGUAAAGACAUUCUUCAAAAGCAAGAUUUCAGCCACAGUCUGCUUAUGAUAAAGAAUGAAGAGGAAAUGAAAGGUGAUGAAGCACAAGGAAGUAAGUCCAAUGCCAGGGCACAAGAACUCAUUAAAGAAUUUCUCAAGACAAAAGAAGAAAAGCGUGAUGACAUGGAUGAGGCAGAACGGAGCCAGGAAGAAUUUCCCAAUUAUUACAAAAGACAUAAUUUUUUAACAAGCAAAGAAAAACGGGAAUACGCAGACUAUGACAGAAGCCAAGAGGAAUUCCCUCAAAAAAGACACAAUUUACUUUACAGAAAGGACAAGCGUGAGUAUCAGGAUGAUGAGCGAAGCCAAGAAGAAUUUCCAAUUUAUGAGCAAAAAAGGCACCUUUUCUUGACCAGCAAGGAAAAGCGUGAUGAACCCGACUAUGAUCGAAGCCAGGAAGACUUCCCAAGCUAUGUGUAUAAAAGGUACCAUGAUGAAGAUGGGGGAACAGAGAAGCAAUUUUUAAAACCUCACAAAUACCAUAACAAAUUUUAUGAUGACGCCUCAAAUGAAGAUUUUGCAGAACCUAACUCCAGUGAAAAGCGGUUAGACGAAGAUGAUAGUGCUAAGCCAUACUGGAAUCCCAUUUCACCAUACCACCACAAGAAACACUACAAACAUGGUGGUGAAUCCUCUGAUGAAGAAAUGGGGAGUGAGAAAAAAGACAAAAGGGUCUCAUGGACCAUAGGGUCAGAGGAGAGGUCAGAGGAGAAUGAAGAGAAGGAUAAAAGAUUCUGGAAGCCAAGCUAUAAGAACCACCACAUGAAGCCCUUUUACAGACAGGGUCAAUUUGAGAAUGAAAAUGAAGCAAAGCUCCACCACUCACUGGAAGCUUCCGAGCGCCGCUCACCUGAGGAAGAAGAGGAAGAGCUAAUUGCCCAAGAGCUAAAUGAAAACAAUCAUCAUUAUGAGAGCCAAGAAGAGCAGAAAAGGCACCACAGUGAUGCAGAAGGAAAGAAUCAGGAGAGGGAGGCAGAGCUGAAAUACCUAACCAAGAAAAGAAAUGAGCUGGAAGAACGCCUCCUGAAAGAUGGUGAGGUUUAUGAGAAACGCAAUCCCUGGAUUUACAGAGAAUAUUAUCAUCCAGCCUGGUAUAAGCGGAGUGCUGGGGGAAACAAAGGCCCAGUGGGCCCAUCACAGAAACUGGAGGAGCUUGCCAAUGCCCUCCGAUACAAGACAGGUCUUCUUUCUGAAAAAGAGUCAAUUGAAGCGGAAAAGGCUUACCUUCACCAGAGGGCUCUUACUCCAGAAGAGCUGAAAGACCUUGAGAAACUUGCCUCUGUGGAGCAACGAGCACAAAUAAACUAGCCUUGGUUGAAAGCACAAGUGAACCAGCCAUACAAGAAAAAUCUCACACCCCUUAAUUAUAACGUUCCAGAAGCUUUGUGUGAUGCUGCUUUGGGCUGCUUUUGGAUUAAUUAAUGCACUCAUAACUGUGUUUGUUUAUAGCACUUUUUUAAUGCAAAAAUGUUUGACUGUAACGGCCUUAUAGUAGUUGCCUGCUUUAACAAAAUACAGCCUAAUUAUUUAUUAGAUUAAGCUUUAUCUGUAAGAAUCAUACAAAGAAAAAGCGUUAAAAAAUGAAUGCUGAUUAUUGUUUUUCAUAUAUACUUGUUAAAUAUAUUGUUCAAAAUCAAGAGCAUGCCAUCUGUUUAAUACGUGUUCCCAAGUCUGGAUAACCUGCCCUCCUAUAUAUUCAUGUUUGCUAUGGUUGUAUGCAUGUAAUAAAAAUAUUACAGUGGGA